CCGUCGCGGCGUGUGACGUCACGCCGACGUCGGAAGCGUGCCAAAAAAAAAAAAGAUGGCGGCCCCCGACGAGUCGAUACGUCUCGCUCACUUUUAACUUCGCAACUGUUUAAUAGUCGCCUCCGAUCGUAUUAACCAUGGACAAGAUAGAGGAGAGCCUGCCAUCUGCCCAGGAAAAAGACAAGGAGGAAGAUCUAAAGGAGGAAGAUCUUGGGGAGGAAGAUCUUGAAGAAGAUGAUGCUGCAGACGAGGAAGAACUGGGGGAUGAUAAUGAACAUGAAGGUGGGGGUGAACAGGAAGACAAGGAGAUCCCAAAGGCUGCAGGAAAAAAUAAAAAAAGGAUUCCAUUUCCUGCAAAACCCAGCGGGAAAAAGCGGGAUGGGGGUCUGAACCUCAACAACGAGGUGGUGUUGAUGAGGAAGGAGGUGAAGAGGGUGAGGGCUUUGGUCAUCAGAAAGGUGACACGGCAGAUGGGCGCGCUGAAGAAGAAGAAAGGCAAAGAGAUGGAAGUUGAGAAGAAUCAGAGGAGAGUGACUAGACUGCUGGAGGAGAUCCGCGCCAUGAAGAUCCUCUCCCCGGACCUGGUGACAAAGACAGCCUUGCAGAAGGAUCUAGACUUCGAACAAGUGUGCAAAAACCCCAAGUCUGCCAUCUCCGACCGAGCCAUAGCACGAAUCGCCACUCACCCGCAGUUCAAAAAGAAGAUCGAGAUCAUCAAAGCCGCCGUGAAAUCCUUCAAAGAUGAGUGGAUGACGGGUGGAAAGCCGGGAGGGAGGGAAAAGGUGCAAAACAAAGCUGGGAAUGUGGCUCCAUAUUCCCAAGAAGAAAAGGGAGAGGGAAAGAGUGAGAGAACAGAGGAGAACAUUAAAGCGGAGCAAAAGGAAAUCUUUGACAAAGAGGAAGGGGGAGAAAUCCUUGAAGACACUGAAGAAGCGACUGUUGCUGAACCUGAAAAGGAAACGGUGGAAGCACGUCCUUCAGUUGACACUGCAAGUGAUCAAAAGAAAACAACAACACCAGCAGCUAAAAAUGUACGAUUGAAUACAAUAAAAAGUAGUGAAGUUAAGGACAUUGUGAGGAAUAAACCUCAAGCUAAUCAUGCAGAAAAGAAACCAGAGCUUAAGUCUGCGACCAAAUUGCUUCAGAAAAAGAAGGAUGAUGAUGAUGAUGAUGAGGAAGCGAGUGAUCUGGAGGCUUCGGAUGUUGAAGAGAAAGAGUACUUUGACGACAGCACGGAGGAACGGUUCAACAAGCAGUCGUCCCAGUCCGAGGAGAGCGACGACGACGACAACGGCUUCUUUGUUGGAAAAGUGAGCAAAUUCAAGAAGAGGAAGAAGAAAAAGAAGCAGAAAAGUGUAGGAGGGGACGAGGCCAAUGGAAGGUGUGAGGAGAACCCACCAGACCAAUUCCAGAGCGAACUGGACGAACUUGAGACCAGGCUGAAGUCUAAAGCGACUGGUCUUCAGUCCGUCUUUUGUCCCUCGCUCUCUUCUUCCAGGCUUGGCAGGGGCAGAGGAGCAGGUAGAGGGAGGGGCGGCGAUAGAUUCAGGGGCCACGCUGGUCUCGAAAGGGAUUUCAGUACACCUCCCAGGUUCCAAAAGCAGGACAAGGAGGCAGAACCAGGGUCCAAGUACAGCAAUCCGUCCUCUGAGUCCUUUCCCUCUGUCGGCAGAGGACGGGGGCGAGGCAGGGGUGGAGGUGGAGGUAGAGGUAGAGGUGCAGGUGUCUUCACCCAUCAGGAACCACAGCAGGCACUGCAUCCAUCCUGGGAGGCUAGUAAGAAAAGAAAGGAGCAGCAAGGACAAAUCCUGGCUUUCCAGGGGAAGAAGAUCAAGUUUGAUGACUGAAAAUGUUUGUUUGUUUGUUUGAGAGUGGAACCAUACCUGGGGGGGUCCUUUUUGUCUGGCACACUAGUGACACGUAAACAUGGUCACUCAGUAUGCUGGAUCCUCAACCCCAGUGGAGAUGACCUCGAUACAGUUAAGUGACACAUGUGUUGCACAGUGUAAACUACAAACAAUCUGAAUUGCUUUCUUUUUUUGUAUUAAACAUCAAGAUAUUCUUUCAGAAUUCUUAUUUUAAAACAGGAUUUGUACUAAACUUUAAAGUUAAGAACAGUAUUAUUUACUUUAUUUUAUACAAACCGUUUAAGAUUGGGGGAAGACAUUUAGGGAGUGAUAUUUUUUUAUUUUUUUUAUGGAAGAUUUGUGUAAAACCGGUACAAUUUCAUUGGUUUGUGCUAAAUAAUGUGCAGUUAUUGUAAAGUACACAACAUCUCUAAUGGGUUAUAGAUAAUCACAAACCGAAUAACGCUGUUUUUGUCACUUGUCCUCACCAAGAAAUUGUUACACAACAUGAGGUUUGUGUGACAACAGUUUUAAUGUGCUUAGCUGUUAUUUCAAAUUAAAUGCAAUAUUACUGAAUUGACA